AUGCAACCCACCGUGGACUGCGAUUUGGAUGGCGCCCGUUGCACUGGUGCCCCUUCGCCUCUAUUCCACCUGUCCUUGUUGGCGGAGGACAACAUCGAUGUGGAAUCUACGCCACCUGGAGACCUGUACCACGGAUUGGUGACGGGAAAGAAGAAAUGCCCCGUGAUGAUCUCCGCCUCACUGCUGCUGUGCAGUACCGUACCUGCUGUGCAAAACUCCUCAAUAUUCGCCUCUUCCUCCAACUCUCCAUCACGUCUUGCUCUCUCAGCACCAUCCUCUGUCGGUACUGCAUCAGUCCUCGCUUCUCGUGGUCCAUCUGCUCCACAUUUUGACUUUGCUCCACCGGUUACUUCGCAUUUGGAUAAGAAAGGUUGA